GGAUUGCCGAUUGUAGAUAGAAGCGUUCCAGGUUGGUUCGACACGAAGUGAAGUUGUGCAGAUGAGGUUCUGUUUUCUGUUGUGGAGAGGAGGCGAGACUGGAGAUUUUGAGUUUGAGUGCAGUAAAUAAGACAGGAAAGGGCGGUGGUGAGGGAGAAGUACUGUGAGGAAACUUUAACGUAAUCACUAACAAAAUGGUUUAUAAAUACAAUUCAAGCUCGACUGCUAAAAAAUAGUAACCUGUCGCCUACAUUUAAACGGGUUGUUGAGAAUUUGCCAGAAAACACAAAGAAAUACAAGAACAUUUAACUGCGAAAAAAAAGCCCCGUUUGCUUUUUUGUUUUUCUGGCUUCCCUUUGUGUGGAGAGGUGGGUGGGUGUGUGUGUGUUUUUUUUCCUUUCUGUUUACAAUCAGGAAGUGGCUAGGCCGCCAUUUUCACUUGCUCUGGCGACUGCGCCAUCUCAGAAGGGGCUCCUUGCGAAACCGCUUUCGAUUCAUUGAGGGUAUCAGAUUGCACGAUCGAGUCCGGAGCAGGGACUUGAGAGGAGACGCAAUCGGGCGACAGCCGGGUACGUUGUUGUUUAUAUAUGUGGACUCUGCAGCAAAGGCAUUUCUUCUCGGUUUUGGAAGGAAAGUUUUACAGUAAGUUAGCUUGCCGAUGUAUCCUCCUUCGCCGCCCUUGUACGAUUUCCAGGUCAUGAUCGGGGAAACACUAGCUCACCACGUCGAGUCUGAACUCGACCCUGGCGAGAACAGUAAGCCGCCGUCUUAUCAUCAUCAUGCCGGGGCCAACAAUAAUAUCAGCAAAAGACAAGCUUUGUUGAAGAAAGGUGGGAGGAAAGCCCGCUCGACACCGGCGGCUUUACAAAGCAGACACCAUCAUCACCCCCAUCGUAACCAGAAACAUCCAAGUUUGACGAGGAGCAACCCUUCGCGCUUCAGUGAUAUCAACAACAUGGGGACUGGAGGAAAGUCAGCAACAGACUGUGGUAGCGCCACAAGCCGGGUCCCUGCAUCUAGUACUGCUAUAACACUGCAUCACCAGAAACAGGGGGCGAAGAAAGAGGUUUUAAAAUCAAAACCGGUAAGAACAGAGAAGAGCCCUUUUUCCAGUGGGCAGCCCACGCACAGCCUGAAUAAAUAUGAACACCCAGUCCAGUCUCUGAACACCACCAAACAGAAGAUUAAGCACAUCACGCCUGUCAAGGUUUCUCCAAUAAAAAGAAAUGAAAACAGCUGUCGGCUUAGCCCUGCCUCCUUGGACUUGUACCAUAGAGAGGGGAUUAAAAUACCUCUCAACCCUGCCGAUUAUUUUAAGAGCAUUAAAGUUACUGAAGCUGAAUUGAUUUCUGAAGAGGACCACAAGGAUGGCAAGAAGAACUACGCUGGUGCUAAGUUUAGUGAGCCUCCAUCUCCCAGUGUCCUUCCUAAGCCACCGAGCCAUUGGGUAGGAGACAACACCCAGGGACAUUCGAACCCGAGCAGAGCACUCAUGACAGUGCACCUAAAGACCCUACUCAAGCUCCACGCAUUGCCAUGAGAUUCAGAAGUCUGAAAAGAAAAAAGAAUGACAAAGUCACCUAGUGCAAUUCAGCACUGAAGAUUACAUUUGAAAGAGUUUUGGAGUUGGAACUUGUUGCAACAGAAGGUCCUGAAGUUUUGGACUGUAUUGAAUUUUACAUUUGCAUGGAACAGCAGCCUUGUACAGUUUAGUGGAUUUUUAAUGAACUUGUGUAAAUAUUGUAAACCAUGUAAUAUUGUGUAUAUUUUUCAUGUUCUUUUAACAAAAGUAAAUUAUAGUUUUGUUACUGAAACCUGUAUGUACUGUAUUAUGUGCUGAGAAUCGGUGCACUUUCUAAGUUUGUUUUAUUUUGUCAAUGAAAAUGAAAGUCUGUAAAAACCUGUUAGGGCACAUAUAAAGUAAGAAACAAUUUGUGUUCUCUUACUAAUUUGCACAAGACUGAUAACCAAACAGAAGAACCUGUGGAUUCUUUAAGCCAACACAACUUGUAAUGCACUACCGAGCAAACCAAGAAGUUGAGGCACAAUCUCUGUGAAGUCCUGGAACUGGAAUAGAAAUGUGAACCUUUCGUCAUCAAUUAAACUUUGUGACCUCAGAUGAAGAAAACUGCCUGCCUGAUUUUACUGAUACUGCUUUCUUCACUCAUUAUUACCAGCACUGACCUGCUUAAAAAAAAAAAAAAAACAUUCAGAUUUCUGGUUUAUUUUAUCAUCUUGCCCUUUAGACCCUAUAACAUCUAUAAUGACAUCCCAGAAUAGUACAGUUGUAGAAGCCCAUAAAAAAGGUGUUGGUUGUACUUUUGUUACGUCAUUGGAAAAUGUUCAGUUUGAUUUGUUAAUCCACCCUAUUUGUCGGCAAGCUAUUUUUGAGUUCUUGAAUACAACACAAAUGGAAAAUCAUACACAGCACUUAAAAUCAAGAUAUUUUGUUGCAACUUUUGUUUUAAAUUCCAAAAAAAAGGAAUGUUGCUAAUCUCCCAUUUCUUUAUAAUUGGAUAUAUGACAAAACAAAUAAAACUUAUUUGGCCUCCCCCAAA